UUGACUAUCAGCUAUAGCUAUGGUUUCAGAUUUGUGUUGAACAGUUCUUCCGAUCCACAAUGGUUUUCAAGAACUUUGAAAGAAGUUGACCCAAAUGGUACUGCUCUCAGUGCACAUGUUGGGAAAUAUCACAGUGAAAGCGAGGAUUUUAUUAGGUAUCAAUCAUUUUGCUUCUAUAACCCUGAUUCGGAGAUAUGCAGAAGGAUGGAGGACCGUGUCUCCGAGGAGCACGCGGUUAACGAGAGGGACGUUUCAGCCGUUCGGUUGCUGACGUCGUUACCAUACUCAUUCUGUCAUAAUCUUAUCAACAAAUUGAGGCAGGAAGUAAGUUUGGAAGAUAAUAGAUCAUUAAAUGGGGGAAGGGUAAACAAUCCUCGAAAGAGAUUAUGA